AUGACUUCGACCAACUACUCCGUCAAAGUCGUCAAUAACGGUGCUGCGGCGUGGCAAUUUUACGUUUACCAGAAGCCACCCGCCGUCGCAAACAACCUCAGUUUGGCCUGGUUUGCUUCUCCCUACCAUAUCGGUGUAGGUGACAGCAUUACCUUUUCCUGGAAUAUUCAGUACUCGUUUGUAUGGUCCGCUACCGGAAUUGUAAAGCCGGGAAUACAAUUUACGGCAUCAGGGGUGAAAGAAUGUGACCCCGACGGUGAAAACAUCACCAGCUUCACUUUCGAAAAUAACACCCCGAACCUCUCUUAUCCUGCAACGGGGGGGACUGGCGGCAGCCUGACCAUCAAAGAUGGCGAUAGCGUUCCAUCAAAUACAUUUGCAGUUGGCGUCGGCAUGUCGGGCAAAGGUACUUACGUUGUAAACGCAGGGCCCAACCUGACACACGAAUUUACUCCUGAACCGAAGUACUACAUUGUUGCCGCUGACGAAGUGGUAGAAGGUCAAGUUAUGGAUAUAACAACAGUCACUAAAUCCGGUUCUUUGGCUUUUUCCCCCCAAUGUGUACGAUCUGACCGCGACACUGAAAGCAGACAAUACAGUGGGACAUUAAAACCCGCAUUGAAGCCGAGAACAAGCUUUGACUUUUGA